AUGCCGUUUCAUACGAAAAUCCAACCGAUCGAAGCAUCGGAGGAGGAGAUACCUUUCCCUGAGACGAUGAAGCAGAUGCCGAAAUCGCGUUUGAAGCGUCUCUUUGAGCGUCAGUUCAGUUUAAAGAACACCUCAGAGGCGGCGCCACCACCGCUUUCGAGAGGUGGAUCGGGUGAUUUCGAGCCGAGCUCCGUUUGUUUGGGGAAGAUGGUUGUAAACUUCAUUGAGGAUAACAAUAACGGCGAGAAACAGAGGUGUGGUCGUAGCCGAUGCAGCUGCUUUAACUGGAGUGGCACGGAGAGCUCUGACGAUGAGUCUGAUUGGUCUGACGAUUUGGGAGCUUCUUCUUCCCGUGAAGGUCGCGUUACUCUCAAGAGUUUGGUUCUCUGUUCGAGCAUGUGUGAGAAGAGUUUAAUGGCUGAUGUGACCAAGAUUGUGGAAACGAGUAAGAACUGUAAACGUAAAGACGAAUCUUGCUUGAAGAUAUUCGUGGCCAAUGAGUUGGUGAGCUUAGGUUAUGAUGCGGCUCUGUGCAAGUCUCGCUGGGAGAAAUCUUCUUCUUACCCUGCUGGGGAGUAUAAGUAUGUGGAUGUGAUAAUCGAUGGUGAAAGACUGUUGAUCGACAUUGAUUUCAAACCGAAUUUCGAGAUUGCUCGUGCAACGAAGACCUACAAGUCGAUCCUGCAAACUCUGCCUUGCAUUUUUGUUGGCAAAGUGGAUAGGUUGCAGAAGAUCAUCAUCCUUGUAUGUGAAGGUGCAAAGAAGAGCUUGAAGAAGAAAGGACUUCAUGUGCCGCCAUGGAGGAGAGCCGAGUAUGUUAAAUCAAAGUGGAUUUCUCCUUAUGUUCGCGGACCAGAUGCAGAGGAAGACAAGCAGGAACCGGUAGAUGUUUUGACUAAAUCUGUGGGUUCGAUUGCCUUUGGUGUUUGAAGAUUGUGUGAAGCUUUUUUUAUAUGACAUAAAGGUUCUAGCGUGGAGUUGUGAGAGGAGAUAGGAGUGUUCGAAUCCCUUAUGGUUUUUUGAUAUGAAGGGUAUGAACUUGGUGAAUCGCAGUGUGUCUCAGCUUAUCUGUUUUUUUUGGUGUAAGGGAGACUGUGAUCCGACUCUGUUACUCUAUCGUUGUUUUGUGGGGUUAUUAUUACUAAAUAAUUACAUACUUAUACUAUCCU